AUGAGAGUGUGUGUGUUACGAUAUAACGAAACCGAACGACCGUCGACCGAACGGAUUGGCGAACAACGACAACAGCGAACUGACGACGACGGUAUGCGAACGACUGCCGACCGGUGGUACUGUGGUACUCGCGGCACUCGGCGGCGCGCCGUGCCCGUGGUGGCUAGGUGGGGCGGCGGCGGUGGGCUACGUGUCUGCCGCCGCCGCCACUUCCACCCACCCGCCGGUCAAAAAACCGCCUCGCCGCACGACCUUAGUCGCAAGUCGCAACGGCCGCCACACCGCGAGAGCCACGGCACCACGUCGCCCGCGCACCGCGGCGCGUGUUGCUGUCGCCCGUUGUACGGGGGCUCGCCGGAUGCUGGCGAACGACGACGGCGGCUGUAA